UUUUCUGUUCUUCCUCACCACGUUCUAUCCCUUUCUAAUUUUCUUUCUCUGUUGAAAUCCCUAGAAAACGAACCUAGGGUUUUCGAAAACCCACUCUCAGAGAAUCAUGGACCCUGAGAUUGCGAAGACGCAGGAAGACAGGAAGAAGAUGGAGCAGGAACUCGCUUCCCUCACCUCCGUCACCUUCGACACCGAUCUCUAUGGCGCUAGCGACAGAGACGCAUACCACACUUCAAUCCCCGCCAACGACGACGACGACAAUCUCGACGCCAUCGACAACGAGGUCGCUCGCAAACUCGCUUCCUACACCGCCCCCAAAAGCCUCCUCAAGGACAUGCCCUCCGCCCCCGAAACCGACGCCGAUUUGGGUUUCCGCAAGUCGCAGAGGAUUAUUGAUCGGGAAGAUGAUUACCGUCAGAGGAGGCUCAACCGCAUCAUCUCCCCGGAGCGUCAUGAUCCCUUCGCCGCCGGUGAGAAGACGCCGGACCCCUCUGUUAGGACCUACGCUGAGAUCAUGCAGGAGGAGACGCUGAAGAGGAAGAAGGAGGAGACGCUGAAAUUGAUUGCUAACAAGAAGAAGGAGGAGGAAGAGGCUGCCAAAGCUGCACCUGCACCUCCUGCGGAUAAGGCGGAUAAGGAUAAGGCGGCGGCGGCGCAGAAGAGGAGGAAUAGGUGGGAUAUGUCUCAGGAAGAUGGGGCGGCGAAGAAGGCGAAAACCUCUGAUUGGGAGGACGAGACCACGCCUGGGCGGUGGGAUGCCACUCCGACGCCGGGGAGAGUGAUAGAUGCGACUCCAGGGAGGAGGAAUAGGUGGGAUGAGACUCCUACACCUGGUAGAUUGGUGGAUUCUGAUGCUACACCUGCUGGUGGUGCUACUCCUGGUGCUACCCCUGCUGGAAUGGCUUGGGAUGCUACCCCGAAGCUUGCUGGGAUGGCUACUCCAACUCCUAAGCGGCAAAGAUCAAGGUGGGAUGAAACACCUGCUACUAUGGGCAGUGCUACUCCUUUGCCUGGUGCCACUCCUGCUGCUGCUUACACUCCUGGUGUUACCCCUGUUGGUGGGAUUGAACUUGCUACCCCAACUCCGGGGCAAUUGCACGGUGGUGCCAUCACUCCGGAGCAGUACAAUCUUUUGAGGUGGGAGAGGGAUAUUGAAGAGAGGAAUCGUCCAUUGACUGAUGAAGAGCUUGAUGCUAUGUUUCCAAUGGAAGGGUAUAAGGUGCUGGACCCUCCUGCUUCCUAUGUGCCAAUCAGGACACCUGCGAGGAAGCUUCUUGCUACUCCAACUCCGUUGGGGACUCCUGGUUUUCAUAUCCCUGAGGAGAAUCCCCUGCAACGGUACGAUAUUCCGAAGGAAUUGCCUGGUGGUUUGCCGUUCAUGAAGCCUGAGGACUACCAGUAUUUUGGAUCACUGUUGAAUGAAGAUAAUGAAGAGGAGUUGUCACCGGAUGAGCAGAAAGAGCGGAAGAUUAUGAAGCUUCUUCUGAAAGUGAAGAAUGGGACACCUCCUCAGAGGAAAACUGCGUUGAGACAGCUUACUGAUAAGGCUCGUGAGUUUGGUGCUGGCCCAUUGUUUAACCGGAUUCUGCCGUUGCUCAUGCAGCCUACUCUGGAGGAUCAAGAGAGACAUCUUUUGGUCAAGGUAAUUGAUAGAGUUCUGUAUAAAUUGGAUGAAUUGGUUCGCCCUUAUGUGCAUAAGAUUCUUGUUGUGAUUGAACCCUUGUUGAUUGAUGAAGACUACUAUGCCCGUGUGGAGGGGAGGGAAAUCAUAUCUAAUCUUAGCAAAGCUGCUGGGCUGGCCACAAUGAUUGCUGCUAUGCGGCCUGACAUUGACAAUAUUGAUGAGUAUGUUAGGAACACUACUGCUAGAGCUUUCAGUGUUGUUGCUUCUGCUCUUGGUAUUCCUGCAUUGUUGCCUUUCCUGAAGGCUGUCUGUCAAAGUAAGAAAUCAUGGCAAGCUCGGCACACGGGGAUUAAAAUUGUGCAGCAGAUUGCCAUUUUGAUUGGUUGUGCUGUACUGCCCCAUCUGAGAUCUCUUGUGGAAAUUAUAGAACAUGGUUUGAAUGAUGAGAAUCAGAAGGUGAGAACAAUUACUGCGCUGUCUCUUGCUGCUCUUGCUGAGGCUGCUGCUCCUUAUGGCAUUGAAAGUUUUGACUCUGUGUUGAAGCCACUGUGGAAGGGUAUUAGGCAGCACCGUGGGAAGGUGCUGGCUGCGUUUUUGAAGGCAAUUGGGUUUAUUAUUCCAUUGAUGGAAGCCCUUUAUGCUAGUUACUAUACUAAGGAGGUCAUGCUUAUUUUGAUUCGUGAAUUCCAGUCACCUGAUGAAGAAAUGAAGAAAAUUGUCCUGAAAGUGGUGAAGCAGUGUGUGAGCACCGAGGGUGUGGAAGCUGAUUAUAUUAGAACUGAUAUUCUUCCUGAAUUUUUCAGGAACUUCUGGGUCAGGAGGAUGGCUUUGGAUAGAAGGAACUACAAGCAACUCGUGGAGACAACAGUAGAGAUAGCCAACAAAGUUGGUGUUGCUGAUAUUGUUGGAAGAAUUGUGGAAGAUCUUAAAGAUGAGAGUGAACCUUAUAGGCGUAUGGUUAUGGAAACUAUUGAGAAGGUGGUCACUAACUUGGGAUCAUCUGAUAUAGAUGCACGGUUGGAAGAGCUUUUGAUAGAUGGUAUUCUCUAUGCCUUCCAAGAGCAGACCAGUGAUGAUGCUAAUGUGAUGCUCAAUGGAUUUGGUGCAGUAGUGAACUCGCUUGGCCAGAGAGUGAAACCAUAUCUUCCACAGAUUUGUGGUACCAUCAAGUGGCGGUUAAACAACAAGAGUGCAAAGGUGAGACAGCAAGCUGCGGACCUCAUCUCAAGGAUUGCUGUUGUCAUGAAGCAGUGCCAUGAGGAACAGCUGAUGGGUCAUCUUGGUGUUGUCUUGUACGAGUAUUUAGGAGAAGAGUAUCCUGAAGUUUUAGGGUCAAUUCUGGGAGCUCUCAAAUCAAUUGUCAAUGUUAUUGGUAUGACGAAGAUGACUCCGCCUAUUAAGGAUUUGCUUCCCAGGUUAACUCCAAUUUUGAAGAAUAGGCAUGAGAAAGUCCAGGAGAACUGUAUUGACCUUGUGGGUAGGAUUGCCGAUCGUGGGGCUGAGUUCGUACCUGCAAGAGAAUGGAUGAGGAUCUGUUUUGAACUUCUUGAGAUGCUUAAGGCACAUAAGAAGGGAAUUCGUAGAGCGACGGUCAACACUUUUGGAUAUAUUGCGAAGGCCAUUGGACCACAAGAUGUCCUGGCAACUCUAUUGAACAAUCUAAAGGUGCAGGAGAGGCAGAACCGUGUCUGCACAACUGUGGCAAUUGCAAUAGUUGCGGAAACAUGUUCACCCUUCACAGUUUUGCCAGCAUUGAUGAAUGAGUAUCGUGUGCCAGAGCUUAAUGUGCAAAACGGUGUUCUCAAAUCCCUGUCUUUCCUCUUUGAGUACAUUGGUGAAAUGGGUAAGGACUACAUCUAUGCGGUGACUCCUCUGCUUGAGGAUGCUCUUAUGGACAGGGACUUGGUUCAUAGGCAGACAGCUGCUUCUGCCGUGAAGCACAUGGCACUGGGAGUGGCUGGUUUGGGUUGUGAAGACGCGCUGGUCCAUUUGCUGAACUAUGUCUGGCCAAACAUUUUUGAAACUUCUCCACAUGUGAUCAAUGCUGUGAUGGAAGCAAUUGAAGGGAUGAGGGUAGCUUUGGGUGCUGCUGUUGUUCUUAAUUACUGUCUCCAAGGGCUGUUCCACCCUGCUAGAAAAGUGAGGGAGGUGUACUGGAAGAUCUAUAACUCACUCUAUAUUGGAGCUCAGGAUGCUCUUGUAGCAGCAUACCCUGCCUUGGAGGAUGAGCACAGCAACGUAUACAGUAGACCAGAGUUGAUGAUGUUCAUCUAGAUUAUCACAGUUUAUGCGGUUGAAAACUAUUGUUAGACUUUUUACAUUUCUUAGAGGUGUCCAUAUCAGCUAUAUUGCAUGGUCUUUCAAACUUAUUUUAUGAGCUGUGAAACAUGCAUCCAGUGUGAAAUUUCAAAUCCUGUAAUGCAGUAUCCUUUGGUGGGCAGUGAAAUGAGGAAAGAACAACUUGUGUUGUUUGCAAUGUGAUAUUAAUAUUACUGUUACUGUGUGGUUGCUGAUUUUAGCCUCUAGGUUGUUUGAUCAAUAGGGUUCCCACUUCUCAGUUCUCACAUGUAUCUAUGAAAAAAAUGGUGAGAAUAGGUUGAAGGUUUGAAAUUUGUUAGCUGCCAAUGGGCAGAGUUUGGCAGAGUUUUGCUCUUAGAAAUACAAACUAGAAUUUUGAAAGAUAGACUGGAGUACAAACACACAUAAAAUCUCACCACUUUUAUUUUGAGUACUUGAGAAGCACAUUGUACUAGCAGUAGAGAAUCAACUUAUAUGUACUGAUUGUAAUGAAAAUAAGAUAUAGAUUACUUCAUUUUUAGUA